GUGAGCCAGCAGAGCCGAGGUGCCCCGCAGGUGUGUGCGGGGCAGGCUGAGCAAAGCCUCCCCCGGGGCCGCAGCCGGAGGUGCUGCAGCAGCAGGACAGCGCUCCCGGCAAUGCCGGGCCGUUUGCAAAGCGCUUGGAGGCCGCGGUGCCCGGGAUUCCGGCACUGCCGUGGCAAAGGAGCGCUGGGGAGGCAGCGGGAGCCCCGCGGGCAGGAGGGCUCCCCGCUCCCGGGCCGGGCCCGGCAGUGCCGGCCUGGCUCGCAGCCCGAGCGCUGCCUCGCCUCAGCCGGGUUUGCCUUGCGUAAGGCGGCCCAGGCCCAGCCUAUAAAGGCCCGGCCCGCCGGCUGGGGGCCAGUGGCACCAUGGCAGCUGCGAGGGACGCGGCGCUGCUGGCCUGGAUCCUCUGCCUCGGGGCCGCGGCGCUGGUGGCCACAGAACAACCAGAAGCAGAGACCAAAUACGGGAGAGUCCGAGGGUACCAAUUCCACGUGGACACAGCUGAGAAGACUGUAAAUGUCUUUUUGGGACUUCCUUUUGCUAAGCCUCCCGUUGGAUCACUGAGGUUUUCUGAACCACAGCCACCUGAGCCAUGGGAAGGUGUCAGAGAUGCCACUUCCUACCCACCAAUGUGUCUACAGGACCAAGUACUAGGACAGAAUUUUUCAGACUUGAUUACCAACAGAAAAGAGAAAGUUGCUCUGCAAGUGUCUGAGGAUUGCUUGUACCUAAAUGUCUACACACCUGUUUCGACAGGAGAAAAGGAGAAGCUGCCUGUCUUAGUAUGGAUCCAUGGAGGUGGAUUAGUUUUUGGAGCAGCUUCAUCAUAUGAUGGCUCAGUAUUUGCAGCAUUUGACAACGUGGUGGUUGUAACAAUUCAGUACAGACUCGGUAUUGCUGGAUAUUUUAGCACUGGUGAUGAGCAUGCCCGAGGUAACUGGGGAUAUUUAGACCAAGUGGCGGCUCUUCGCUGGGUUCAGGAAAAUAUCAUGCAUUUUGGAGGAGAUCCAGGAUCUGUCACUAUCUUUGGAGAAUCUGCAGGAGGAAUCAGUGUUUCUGCUCUUGUCUUAUCUCCCCUGGCCAAGGGCUUGUUCCACAAGGCCAUUUCAGAGAGUGGCACUGCAGCCCUGGGCUUGUUCACUGACCAGCCUAAGGAGGAUGCACAGAAAAUUGCUGCUGUCUCUGGCUGUGAAAAAUCCAGUUCAGCUGCAAUGGUUGAAUGCUUGAGAGGAAAAACUGAAGAAGAACUACUACAGAUAAAACAAAAAAUGGACAUGACAGCACUGCAGAUCUGCAAUGAGACCUCGCCUGAAAAUUGCAAACAGGAUUACUUUUUCAUCAGUGCAUGUGUAGAUGGUGUAUUUUUUCCAAAGAGUCCCAUGGAAUUACUCUCUGAAAAAUCAAUCAAUGGUGUCCCAUACAUCAUAGGAGUAAAUAACUGUGAAUUUGGAUGGGUAAUGCCUAUGGCAUUGAAAUAUCCUCCUUUUGUGGAUGGUCUGGAUAAAGAUGUUGCACGUCAGAUUUUACAGAGCAAUUUAGCACUAUUCAUUAAGGGCCUUACAUCUGAAGUUGUUGACAGAGUGUACAAGGAGUACAUGGGGGAUGCAGAAAGCCCUGCCCAGGUCCGAGAUGGCCUCCUGGAUGCAAUGGGAGAUGUCUACUUUGUCAUCUCAUCUGUGCAAGUGGCCAGAUCCCACAGAGAUGCUGGCAACCCAGUCUUCUUUUAUGAAUUCCAACAUCGGCCGAGUUCCGUGGAAGGUUUGGUACCAGAGUUUGUAAAAGCAGAUCAUGGAGCUGAGAUUGCCUUUGUCUUUGGAAAGCCAUUCUUAGCUGGAGGUGCUACAAAAGAAGAAAAUGAACUUAGCAGAACUGUGAUGAGAUACUGGACCAACUUUGCUAAAAAUGGAAAUCCCAAUGGAGAGGGCUUGGUCCAUUGGCCUCAGUAUGACCUGGAGGAAAAAUACCUGGGAAUAGACCUGGAGCAAAAGGCAGCAGAGAAACUGAAAGAACACAGAGUGGAGCUUUGGGCACAGGUCCUGAAACAAAGUCAGACUGGAAGGAGAAAACACACAGAUUUAUAAGAUCUGUGGGGAGCACAGUUUGCUUUUAAAACCCAAAGGAAAGUCAAACAAAAUGAGUUUGUCAGCAUACUGUGGUAGAUAGGUCAGGCGUUCGGAAGAUCUCGCGAUGUUACAGGAAGACAGGGCCCCUGUUCUCUUAGAUAAGAAAAUUAACAUAGGAAUGCAGCCUCCUAAACCAGAUGCCAGUAAUUUUCCAUUUACCCAGUAAGUUUCCAUCCCUUACUAACCAUAGAUGAUAAAGACAGACCCCUUUGACGCAGAGAAGCACCUUAGACUAUAAAACCCCACGAGAAGAGAUAAUAAAGGCCUUUGACCGUCCACCA